UAAGUUGUGCUCGCUCCACAUAACAUCUGAAGACAUACAGCUGAACAGUGAAAGUUGCCGGUCUGUGUCUAUUUGUACUGAACUAGAUGAACGCAACUGUGCAGACUGGUUCGUUCAUUGAGCUCAGUGAAUCGCUCAGACGAACUAAACGCGAACAAUUUGAUACAACUCUAUUUGUUUAUAAAAUCAAAAUGGGAUUGACGUGGCAGCGGUUGAGAUUUAAUGCAUUUUUGAGCCUUUCGCUAAUAUCUCUUUGUGUGCUCAUCAGGACAAAUAACGCACAAGAAGCACAACAGCCAUGGUACGAGAAUUUACCAGCAGUAGCCAUGGAUUAUAAGGUGCACAUUGACGCCGGCAAGGAGGACUGCUAUCAUCAAUAUGUGCAGGCAGGUGCCACUUUCUACGUAUCCUUCAGUGUGGUGCGUGGUGGCGAUGGAAUGGCUGGCUUUGCCGUACGCAAUCCGGCUGGCGAUGUUGUGAAACCAUAUCAAUGGCAGGCUACUGCUGACUACACAGAUCAGGUCUCGCCGGGCGGUUAUUAUUCCGUUUGCAUUGACAAUCAGUUCUCGCGAUUUGCUAGCAAAUUGGUUAAUAUUUAUAUCACGGUGGUCAAAUAUGAUGCGUGGGACAAAUAUGCCAAGGAGAUUGAGGAGCUGCAGCUGAAUAUGCAGAAUUUCACAGCCACCAUUGGCACCGUGGAGCGCAAUAUCAACGAUAUGCUUGGGUAUCAGGCUCACAGCAGGCAUCGCGAAUCGAGAGAUUUUGCCCUGCUUCAGGAUAACAAUUCCUAUAUACAAUUGUUCUCCCUUAGCCAAAUUGGCAUCAUUCUGAUCACAUGCUCCAUACAGGUAUAUUUUGUGCGUAAACUAUUUGAAGUCAAGUCGAGCAGCAGGGGCCGUAUUUAGAGUUGCUUGAGGAGCCCCCUAGGAUUUGUGGCAUUGGUUGCACAAUAAGCUGUAAAAAAAACAAAAAACAAAACACUGUAAAACCUUCCCCUCUUUUUUUAUACUCACAAAAACACAAGCUCAUCAUGAAACAUCUUUAUACUUUAAUGUUGUAAUUAAUUUAAUAUUGGCAAACAGAACAAGUUCGAAAACUUACCAGA